AUGGGUAUCCGGCGAUCUCAGUACGAAGACUUCGAUGAUGCCAUGCUCCUUUACAUCUUCAAGUACACCGAGAUCGUGCGAGAGCGUCUUUUGCCUGCACACUUCGUCCGUGUCAAUUCGGGUGACGAUGACCAAUGGAAAUUAGGCAAGAAUUCCAAUGGUUUCGCGAGCGUUAACGUUGGUGACGAGAUCGAGCUAUUCUUCCGACCGACGAGAUCAAUCAACCCUGCGACAGGAAGAUUACUGCCACCAGACCUUCCAUGGGAGGGAUUCGUCUGUGACCGUGGAGAAUUGCCAGAGCACACGGGAUGUCACCUGCUACGAGUCCUGCGGCCAUAUUUUGGCUCUGUUGCAGCCCCGACCAUUGUCGCUGCCACUGACGAAUGGGACAAGUAUGGCGAGUUCUGUGCUGUGUAUAUUCGACUCAAGGAGGACACUAAGACAGUGAAAGCGCGUAUUAAUGCCUUUCGUUAG